ACAGGGUUUUUCUGUAUAGUCCUGGCUGCCCUGGAACUCACUCUGUAGACCAGGCUAGCCUCGAACUCAGAAAUCCACUUGCCUCUGCCUCCCAGAGUGCUGGGAUUACAGGUGUGCACCACCACCACCAUGGCCGGGCUGUAUCUGUCUUAAGACACACCAGAAGAGGGUAUCAAAUCCCAUUACACAUGGUUGUGAGCCACCAUGUGGUUGCUGGGAAUUGAACUCAGGACCUCUGGAAGAGCAGUGAGUGCUCUUAACUGCAGAACAAUCUCUCCAGCCCGUUAUACUUGUUUUUGCUGUAGUAACUUUACUGGCUUAUUUAUUUGUAUGAGGUUGUGAAACCGAAUGAUAGAGAAAAAGCUGUACUUAUUGUGAGGAUGUGUAAUCUUCAGCCUGGAAAUAACCCUUCACAUAAAGAAAUGUAGCUUAAACAGAAGGGAAACGGUAGCAGAACCAUAGCAGAGCCGUUGUGUCAGGCAUGAGUUGCAAUGACGGAACCCAGGCUUUGAAACAGCCUGUUCUCUGUGGCUUUUUUUUCUGAGAUUUUUAUGGGCUUGUUCUUUUGACAGAUUCUUAGAAUCUUGUCAUCACUUAGUUUCCAGACAUACCUGGCAAACCAGGAUGUCUCAUGUGGCUGAUGGUUGCUUAGUGCUAAGUCUCUCAGCAUAACCCAUACAUCAGAUGCUCUGACACUCAGAGACUGACUUGCCAACUGCGCCUUUGUGUGAGGAUGAGAGGACCUCCUAGGAAGCUGGCAGCCUGCAGUCCUGACUCCCUGCUGCUGAGAAGGCCAAAGCCAUCCACAGUGUCUCUCCUUUCUUUGAUAACUCCGCCUAUCUAACUCUGCACACAGAUAGGUGCACUUCUUGCAGGCAUAGAACUGUGCAGUGAUGGCCCUCCUAUGGCAAGAUGGAAGAUGGAGACAUGACCAUCCCUGGCAGGCGGGCUAGCCUGGUGUACCCAGAGGCAGGAGAGAGGGAAGGAUAAAGAUGAAGGAGAAAACCUGUGUGUGAAUGUUGUGGGCAUAUAAAAUGUAAAAUUUCAUAAGAUGAUCAGAUGUGUACUUGAGAGAAGAGGGAGGAAGGAGCAUUAGGUGUUCAAGGCCGGCCUGGUAUACAGGAGACUGAAAAACAGACAAUGGCACAGUGGAUGGAAUGAAGGCUAGAGCACUGGAUCCCCAUCUGGUGACGGCUGCUCCCAGGGGAGGAAGCCUGAAGAAGAAUGGCCAGCUCCACUUCUCACCACAUGGUCUGUGGGUCAGUGACAUUUAGGGAUGUGGCUGUUAACUUCUCUAAGACGGAGUGGGCCUGCCUGGAUGCUGCUCAGAAGGCCCUGUACAGGGACACGAUGUUGGAGACCUACAGCAACCUUGUGGCAGUGGUGGGAAGCUGCAUUUCCAAGCCCGAUCUGAUCGUCUUACUGGAGCAGCAGAAAGAGCCCUGGAUGGCUGUGAAGGAAGUGACACACAGGCUGAGCCCAGGUUUGGAGACAUGUUUUGAAGCUGAAAAGAGAUCUCCAAAGAAUCAUACUGAUAAUAUAAAGUUACCCAAACAAACCACACAGCAAUUAAGUAAACCUUUGGACACCCAGGGUGUCAGUUUUAGUAAUGGCCCCCGCCAUAGUGCAUGCAAGGGGCUACAGAAUGGUCAGGAAGGAGAGGCUGAUCAAAAUAUUACUAACAAGAAAGAAAUGCCUGCUUACACUAGCCAGACUCUUGGCGACAAUAAAGGAAAACCGUAUAAAUGUAGAGAGUGUGGGAAGUGCUUUGGUUGUAAGUCAAACCUCGCUCAGCAUGAGACUAUUCACACUGGAGAGAAGCCCUAUAAAUGUAAGGAGUGUGGGAAGACCUUCAGGCUCCAGCAACUGCUUUCAAGACAUCAGAAGUCUCACAGCGAUGAGAGACCUUUUGAGUGCAAUGAAUGCGGAAAGGGCUUUCAUCUUUCUACCCUGCUUCAGUACCAUAAAAAUACUCACACAGGCAUAAAACCAUUUGAAUGUGAGGAGUGUGGGAAGUCCUUCAACCGCAUCUCUACGCUUUUGCAGCACAGGACUAUUCAUGCUGGCAUGAAACCAUAUAAGUGUAAUGUGUGUGGGAAAGCCUUUAAUCGUCGCUCAAACCUCAUGCAACAUCAGAAAAUUCAUUCUGAUGACAGACCUUUCCAUUGUAAGGUCUGUGGGAAGGCCUUCACUGUCCUGGCACAGCUCACUCGACACGAGAACAUUCACACUGACGACAAACCAUUUGAAUGUAAGCAAUGUGGUAAGAUAUUUAGUAAUGGCUCUUACCUCUUACGACACUACGAUACUCAUACCAGUGAGAAACCCUUUGAGUGUAAUGUAUGUGGCAAGGCUUUUAGGCUUCAUCUAUACCUUAAUGAGCAUCAGAAAACUCACACUGAUGAGAAACCUUUCAAGUGUAAGCUCUGUGACUCAGCCUUUAGGCGUAAGUACCAGCUCAGUGAACAUCAGAGAAUUCAUACUGAUGUGAAACCCUAUCAGUGCAAGGACUGUGGGAAAUUCUUUCGUCGACGUUCAAAUUUUACUGAGCAUCAGAGCAUUCACACCGGAAAGAAACCCUUUGAGUGUAAGGAAUGUGGGAAGGUCUUUAGACUUAAUAUACAUCUCAUUCGCCAUCAGAGAUUUCAUAGUGAUGAGAAGCCUUUUGAAUGUAAAGAAUGCGGAAAGACUUUUCAUUUUUCCAGCCAGCUUAAUAACCAUAAAACCAGUCAUACAGGUCAGACACCUUUUGAAUGUAAAGAUUGUGGGAAGUCCUUCAAGCGUGUCUCCAGCCUUGUAGAACAUGGGAUUAUUCACAGUGGUGUGAAGCCGUAUAAGUGUAAAGCGUGUGGGAGAGCCUUUAAUCGCCGCUCAAACCUCAUGCAACACGAGAAAAUUCAUUCUGAUGAGCGACCCUUUCAGUGUAAGGAAUGUGGGAAGGCCUUCACUGUCCUGGCGCAGCUCACACGGCACCAGACUAUUCACAAUGGGAAGAAGUCAUAUGAAUGUGACCAGUGCGGGUCAGCCUUCAGACUCCCGUACCAGCUUACUCAACAUCAGAGAAUUCAUUAUGAAGUGAAACCGUUUCAGUGCAAGGAAUGUGGAAAGGGCUUUGUUCGUAGUACAGGCCUUAGAAUCCAUGAAAGGAUCCACACUGGUGAGAAGCCCUUUCAGUGUAAGGAGUGUGGGGAAGCCUUUCAAUAUCAUUACCAGUUUCUUGGACACUUUAGAAUUCAUACUGGCAAGAACCCUUAUGAAUGUAACCAAUGUGGAAAGUACUUUACUUAUGGUAGAGACCUUAAAGUACAUCAAAGUAUUCACAAUCUUGAGAAACCUUAAGAAUGUGGGAUGACCUUCAGUUGAAAAAUCAAAGGUGGUUUGAUCUGCUAAACUUAAUAUUAUUAAGAAGCCUUACAAUGAAAGGAAUGUGGAAAGCCUUCAGUAAUUCUAAGCUAGGUGUAUAUCAGAGAAUUCAUAUUGGUCUGAAGCCCUGUGAAUAUAAGAAGAGUCAGAAAGUGUAAAUUAAGUUCAGCCUUCAGUGCACAUCAUAGAAUUCAUAUUGGUAUGAAACCCUAUCACUAUAAAUAAUGUGGAAAACCCUGCAGCUGGAGCUCAGGCUUUCAACACAAAAGUGUCCGUGCUGUUGUCAAGCACUAUGCAAGGAACGUGUAAACAUUUAUAGAAUUGGUUCUGAAAGCGCAUGAAGGAGUCCAUAUAGGUCUGAAACCCUAAGGAUGUGAAAAAUCUUUAAUUGUUAAAUGCUGAGUUUAUUCAACAUCAGAAAAGGAAGGUGGGCAAGCCUUUAUAUGGAAAUUUUACUGAACAUCAAGUCAUAUUGACAAGACUGGGAUUGAAAAGAAUCUGGGAAGAACUUUAAUCUGUCAUAGGAUUUAACCAGCAUCUGAGUAUUAAUAUACUUGUGAUACCAGGAAACCCUUAGAGAAUGAGAAUGUGGGAAUUCUGUUCACAAAAGAUACUGUUGAGAAUGUCUUUGAAUGACAGAAAGAUAUAUUGUAGCCUUCAGUUCUCUCAUCUUUAAUACUACUGUUAAUUGCCUAAACUUAAUUCACCAAACACAAUUCAGCUAACUUAGGAAGAACAGAUACUGAGACUAGUAUUAUUUGAGGCACCUUGCCACCAAUUAUAUCCUAUGGCUCCUGUGCUAUUAGACUGGAUGUUUAUUUCUGCAUAGAGUUAAUGGUGAGCACAGUACCAGUCAAACUUGUGGAAACAGGGUUAUAAUAGAUAUAGAAUCCUUGAGACUAUUUGAUUCACGUACUGUAAAGUAGCUUUUACAGUGUUCUUUCAUUGGCAUUAUUGUAACUGAUAUGAAAGGCAAGUUGUGUUGUGGAUAGUUUAGAAAAGCCUUACGCAAUCCUCCAGUAUUAAAUUUCAAAUGCUUCCUUCUGGAUAAAAUCUGAUGGAUGAAAAACUACAUGAAAAUAUUUUUAUUCUUAAUGCAUUCCUUUAGCCUUUGUGCAGAGAUGUCUAAAAGCUAGCUGUUGGUGAAUAAGUACUUUUAAAAGGGGCUAAACACAUGCAACUUUCAAAAGAUAAAAGUCCUGUAAUUUAUGUUCUCUGCCCAGUUAUUGAGAUAAAAUACAUUUGUGACUGGGCAGGAAAGUGCAUUCUCCAUCUCGUGUUGCUGAGACCAUUUUAGGUUUGACUAGAAUUUGACUUUAGAUGGAGGAGAUUCUUGGAAAAUUUACCCAACUCUAGUUUAUGAACCAGAGGUCAAGAUGCUCCUCCUAUUUUAUUUUGGCUUCUCUUAAACUGCCUGCUUAGGCAAAUGCUCCCCUUCAGCUAACUGCUUACCCUGGCUUCUCUUAAACUGCUUGCUUGGGCAAAUGCUCCCCCUUUAGCUAACUGCUUACCCUGGCUUCUCUUAAACUGCCUGCUUGGGUAAACGCUCCCCCUUUAGCUAACUGCUUACCCUGGCUUCUCUUAAACUGCCUGCUUGGGUAAACACUCCCCCUUUAGCUAACUGCUUACCCUGGCUUCUCUUAAACUGCCUGCUUAGGCAAAUGCUCCCCUUCAGCUAACUGCUUACCCUGGCUUCUCUUAAACUGCCUGCUUGGGUAAAUGCUCCCCCUGUAGCUACUGAGCAAGAUAUCAGAAUGUGGGUUUUUUUGUUUUUUUGUUUUUUUUUUUUUUUAGUAGCCCCUUGCUCUAAAUGCUUGUGAGUAUACAUGAGUGUAGUCCCAGCCAACUGGAAUAAAGACUUUCAGUUGGCAAUAAUUUGUGUCUGACUCAUUUUCUCUGGUGGGCUUUCCAUAAAACAUUAACAAAAAAAAAAGCCCAGUUUUGAAGCCAGGUAUAAAAAUGCAUGUGUGAAAAUUUUCAUACAUAUAUAAAAGUUGGAAGAGUCAAAAACACACUUCUGUAUCAUCACCUGGAUUAAAAACUGUUAGCUUACUAUGUUAACCCUGUUUUUCUGUAUAUAUGGGUUUGGGUGCUAUAGUUUUAAGAAUGUGUUUUAGAGUUGAGUGUGAUAGUGCAUUCCUAAAAUCCAGUUCUAGGAAAGCUGAGGCAGAAGGAUCAAGUUGGACUUUAGGUUGUGACUUCAAGUCCAGUUUUGGCUGUGUAGAGAUCAUUUAGAAAAAAAACAAAAACAAGUUGUAGACAUGACAUUUCCUGACGUCAUCAGCCAAGAUGGCAUGUCAUUUAUACCACAGAUCCAUCCCUACUCUUAAGGAAAUGAUUCAGGUUACAACUUUCAGAAACUUGUAAAUUUUCUAAAGUGUCAUUUUUACAAAUGUGUGCAUCACAAGAAGAAUCUAAUACAGAUUUGGCCUUGUUGCCUUUAUUAAAAUUUCAGAGUUGAUUGAACCCAGGGGCUUGUGUGUGGUAGGCUUAGUCAUCCAGCUACAUUCCUGGCCUUUUGUCUGUAUCUUUUAUCCAAGAGAAGUUAGGUUCAGAUGCAACCUUUGAGGUAAGAACACAUUGUAGAUUGUAUGUCUUGUUGCCAGCAUGUCCAGAAACACUUAGGUGUCAGCUAUUACAUUAGGUACAAUGGUAGCUGCCAGAGCUUCACUAAAAACUCUAAUAUAUGUAAAGAGACUUAUUUCCAAAUAGUUAUAGAUACGGAUACUUUAGUCCUGGGUCCAAUAUGAAUAAAAAUUGAAAUCAGUUUAUGAAUGAAUAGCAUCAUAAUGUUACCAUAAUUCAAUGUUUGGUGUAACUGGUACAGUACUUAGUACAAAGUUAAUACUAUUCAGUGCAAUCCAGGAAGCUAAGACUUGUCUGGAACCUUGUUUUUGUUGGCACUGAAGCCCCAUUUAGUGUCAAAAGAGAAAAGUCUUUCAGGAGCAUAAUUUUCACUGAUGUUUCUCCACUUAGGUUUCUAUAAUCAUUUGGAUUUGGUAUUUUACAGGAUUAUAAAGUAUGUUGCUAUGGUGCCAUCUUGAAAAUUCCCUCAUGUUGUUAGUGCCUAUCUUGCAUGAUAGCUUCAUGUGUAUGAUGCUUUUAGGAGGGAUUGCUCUGAGUCAAGUUCUUCAUGGUGAAAAAGCCUUGUCUAGUAGAAGAUUCAGUAAUGGGUAAUAUUGAGCAUAUUAUUGUUUCCACCUGUAUUAAACAGGGUUCUCUUGAGCCACGGCACUUACACAAUGAUUCUCUCCACACACACCUACAUAUACACACACAUAUAUCACACCAACAAAAACAAAUAACCCAGCCAAACAAAACAAAACAAACCCCAACAACAACUGGAAGAUACCGGUCAUCCUGCAAGAUACUGAUGGUCCCAUGCUUGUGUUACAUGGAAGCGCAGAUGAACACAUCACAUGUAUGUUACAGGAUACUGUGUGGUCAUGUGGAAAGAUGGACCCAUGUGUUUGUACAAUGUUAGUCAUUUGAAUCAGCAAUAAAUGUACAACCUUUGUCUUGCUGAA